AUGAUUUGUCUAACUUUGUCUAGCUUUUGUUUCUUGAUUGAUUUGAUGGCGCAACCGCAAGAACUUCAUUUCUUCCAACCUUUGCUUCCUGGAUUCCAGACUUACUUGACAAUACCCAUUGUAUUUUUCUCCAAGCACAUCCAAGGGAAGACGAAUGGGAACACAUGGACACUAACAUCCGACGCUACGGAUCAAACAUGGCAAGUGAUACAAGAAGAGAGGCGACUCACCCGAGGUUGGAAGGAGUUCGCUGAGGCACAUGACCUUCGAAUAGGAGACAUUGUCAUCUUCAAACUCGAAGGUUCCAUGGUCUUUCACGUCACUCCCUUUGGUCCGAGCUGCUGUGACAUCCAGUACACAUCUAUGUUGGUUGUGACUUGA